AUGGGCUUCAUAUCCAACAAAGGCUUCAACCUAGUGUUGGCGGACCAAGCUCCAAGACACACGCAGUUCCGGGGAAGGCGAUUUUUCGUCCUCCCUCGGUCUAGCACACGCAGUUCCGGGGAGAGAUCGUUGAAACACUACAGUAGUCGCCAAAGCAUACUGCUGGUGGGUGACGGCGACUUCUCUUUCUCUGCUAGUUUGGCCAUGGACUUUGGCUUCGCUUCCAACAUCGUUGCUACUUCUCUCAAUACAGAAAGCUUCUUGAGAAAGAAUUAUCGGAACGCAAUGUCUAACAUCCAAAAGCUAACUAGCCGGGGAGCCAAGGUCCUUCACGAAGUGGAUGCAACAGAGAUGGCUACUCAUCCUUCACUCCGAGACCGCAAGUUCGAUCGUAUAAUCUUCAAUUUCCCCCUUUCUGGGUUUUUCCACAACGAGUCCGCGGAGUCCGUGCUUCGGCGACACAGGGAGCUGGUGCGGCUGUUCAUGGCGAAUGCGAAGAAGAUGAUGGGGAGCCGGGGAGAAAUCCACAUAACCCACAAGUCGAGUCGCUCCUACAAGGAGUGGCAGCUCGAGGAGCUAGGAUCAAGUGAAGGCCUCAGGCUGAUAAAGGAGGUGCCUUUCAAUCGCGCCGACUACCCUGGUUACGAAAACAAGUAUGGCUUCGGGGUGACAAGAACUUCCCCUGCUACCCGUGCAAUACUUACAAAUUUGGGCUGA